AUGCGAGGAAAAAGCACCGAAAAUAGCGACCAGCACGGUGGGCAAGAGCACACUGGGGACACCGAAAAACCAAAAACAGGGCGAAACGAGGCUCCCGCAGGCCGCAAACCAAAACAAGACAAAGAACGAACAAGAAGGGAAAAAGCAGGGGAAAGAAGGGCCGAUGGACGCAAAAAGAAGAACAGAACAGAGAGGCGAGGAAAAAUGUCAAAAAGCAAGGAGAACCAGAACAAAGAAAGAAGUAACCAAAGAACAAAACAGGAGAGAAAAAAAACGGCAAUGAAAGCAACGACGCCCCCAGGCGGGGCGGGAGAACAGAAAUUGUCGGACCGCACCGGCAGAAGACCAAAAAAAUUAACGAGAGGCAGGGAAAUGUAA